AUGAUUCAAAGGGCAAAGAUCCGGUUCUACCUCGUAGGGCCAACGCCUCGAAAAAUCAGAGAAGUCGAUGUCCCUCUAAACAAUGAUCUGAAGGCACUGAAGAAUGUACUUGGCCAGGAGUUUCAUAUUGUGGAGCCUGGUGGAAUUAAUUUCCAAACAGAAGAGGAACCGAUUCAUUCUGUAGAAAUGAUGCUCCAGGCAUCCGCACCCAUUGGAAUUACCAUCGAUGGCAAACCUGUCAGAAAUGCUCCCGGACCAGGCGGCCUUCCCAUCGUCGGGAAUUUCUACGAGAUCUUCCCCGACCACUUGGGAAAUCACGCUCGUCUUUUUAGCAAAUAUGGACCCGUUAUCAAGACCAACACAAUGGGUAAAACCACCUAUCACACCAACGAUCCCAUCAUUACCGGGCAUCUCCUGAGCGAAUCCGCCUACUUUACCAAGAAAAUAACGUCCGAUCAUCCACUAUGGGGAAUCAAAGAUAACUCGGCAAUUUUCGUGGGGGAUACAGAAACGCACAGCUGGUUACUAGCCCACAAAUUCCUCCCUCCAUGUCUUAGCCCCAAAGCUAUCCGACACUAUACCCCACUGAUGCAGAGGGCCGUUCGCUCGUCUCUGCCUGUGUUCGACGCGAUGGAUGAAGCAAACGAAAGCUGGAAUGUUUACCAAUAUAUGCUUAAGCUCGCUUCACAGACGAUAGGCAAAUUCUGCUUGGGUCUUGACUUCCAUCAUUUCGACGGCCCAGACUCUCCACUGGACCCCAUUGUCGACGAUAUUUCAGCCAUGCUAGUUCUGAACAAGAGAGUGACAAGCAGAGGUGAAUGGUACGGGGCUCUUCCAUUUGGAGACGCCAAACGGCUGAAGGAAGUGAGGCACCGGAUUUACUCACGACUGCAGACCGCAAUGGAUAGCGUGGAACAGCGCGACACCUCUGAUCUCCCUCUCAGCGAGGCUGCAUUGAAAGCAACAUGCGUCGUGGACUACAUUAAACGAGCAACAGACGAAGCUGGGAACAAACUGCCAGAAGAUCUAUUCCUGGGGAACAUUGUCAUCAUGACGGCUGCUGGCUUCACAACUACCUCUUCGCUGUUAUCUUGGAUGAUCUACUCUGCUGUUACCUACGAGGGCCAACAAGAGCGUUUGCUGCAAGAGCUGGUCGAUCACGACGUCACCAACGAUAUCGACUGGUCACCAGAUCUGGCCGGCUCCCUCAAAUACUUGGACAAGUUUGUGAAAGAAACACAGCGCCUUCACAACCCUUCCUUCCAGCCCGCACGAACCACCAAGACAGACGUCAUUGUCCCCGGUGGGUAUCACCUUCCUGCCAACAGCGUCGUCGUCCCAGCACUAUAUGCGAUCCACUCGAAUCCCAAAUUCUGGGAUAACCCGGCGCGAUUUGACCCCGACAGGUGGGACACCCCGCAAGUUAAACAACGGCACCGGUGCGCAUUCCUGCCUUUUGCCGCGGGGCCGCGAGGCUGCAUUGGAUUCAACUUUGCGCUGCAGGAGGUCAAGAUCCUCUUCGCCGAGCUGAUUUAUCGCUAUGAGUUUACGUCGGAGUCUCACGGUGCGAUUGAGUACGACCCUGAUUUCCAGCUCAUUCGUCCUAUGAACAUCUACGUCCGUGCUCGAAGGCGCACAUCUUGGCCGGCGAAGACGAAAUGA